CCUAUGGAUUAGUUGGUUAGCCCACAGAAAUUUAACUGCUUCAAUAAAUAUUUUAAAAACUGCCCACUUUUUCUCUCUCAGAUCCCUCUUUUCCAGUAUUUUUCACUCCUUCAUUACAUAUAUAUUUGCUCUUGCUUAUACAAACCUGAGAUAUUGAGAGAGAAAGAGGGGUUAAAGUUAAACCCAAAAAGAAGCAAAAGGAAAAAUGGUUGGUGAUGGAAAGGUGUUCACUUUGGCUCAAGUCUCUGAGCACAAGACCCCCAAAGAUUGUUGGCUCAUCAUCAACGGCAAGGUUUACGAUGUGACAAAAUUUUUGGAAGACCAUCCCGGUGGCGAUGAAGUGUUGUUAUCAGCAACAGGGAAGGAUGCCACUGAUGAUUUUGAGGAUGUUGGACACAGUGAUAGUGCACGAGACAUGAUGGAUCAAUACUAUGUCGGAGAGAUCGACAUCUCAACUAUCCCUAAGAAGACGACAUAUAAACCCCCAAACCAGCCACACUAUAAUCAAGACAAGACAUCCGAGUUCAUCAUCAAGCUCCUUCAGUUCUUAGUUCCCCUUGCCAUCUUGUGUUUAGCCCUUGGUAUUCAUCACUACACCAAAUCGUCUUAAAAAGAGUAGAUUGUGUUACAAUGACGGAAAAAACUUGGGUUUCAUUUAUGCUUAUCUUCUAUGAAAAGGCUCAAAUAGCUUAAGUUUGGUUGGUAUAAUUUUAAGGACCUGCAUUUUUGUAACCCUGAUUUUAAAUACAAUAAUUGAAGUCCAUUCUGUUUUGAGUAUGAACAA